CCACUAUCGGAUCAUGACAUUACAUAUGAUGAUGAUGAUGAUGAUGAUUGUGAUGAUCAACGCUCAAAAGGUGAUCUGACAGGUCACUGUGUCUCCAAAAAUGUCAAAUGCUCUCAGUGUAACAGAUCGUUUUUCAACAAGUCAUCAUUGAAAAGACAUAUAAGAACACACACUGGAGAGAAACCUUUUUCCUGCUCAGUAUGUGGUCUUAAGGUAACUCAAAAGAGUAGUUUGACAGACCACAUGAGAAAACACACUGGAGAGAAACCUUUUGCCUGCCCACUCUGCAAAUUAAGUUUCUGGAGCCGUUCCUAUUUAAGAACACACACACGAUUUCACUCUGGAAAGAAGCCUUUUUCUUGUUCGGUUUGUGGUAAAGGAUUCUCUCUGAAGGGAGAUUUAAGAACACACACAAAAACACACACCGGGGAGAGCUCUUUUGUCUGCUCAAUUUGUGGCAAAAGGUUCACCCGGAAGGGACAUUUGAACACACACACAAGAACACACACCAGGGAGAGAGCUUUUUCCUGCUCAGUUUGUGGUCAAAGAUUCCCAGACAAGGGAAGCAUGAUAAAACACACAAGAACGCAUACUGGAGAGAAACCUUUCACCUGUUCAAUUUGUGAUCAAAGAUUCUCUUAAAAGGGAAACUUAAGGACACGCACCAGAACACACACUCGUGCUCAGUAUGUGGUAAAAGAUUCUCUGAAAAGAGAAACUUAAAAAGACACACAAAAACACACAUGAGGAAACUUUUUACCAGUUCAGUCUGCCAUAUUGGUUCAAAAGUGGAAGACCUUCAUCAUGAGAAGCAGUAACCACAGUCAUCCCACAUUAAAGAGGAAGAGGACCGUGAUAUCACCAGGUUGCCAUUGACUGGUGUCAUUGUUAAGUGUCAAGAAGAUGAUGAUCAUGUGAAAGCUUUUCAAUUGAAGAGUUUAAUCCAAAUAGAUGGUGUGACAGACAGGUAUUAAAACAAAACUAAAAACAACUUGGUAUUAUGCUUUAUAAUAUGUAUUUGUUUUAAAUCAAUCACUCCCGCCUCCCCUUAUCUGAAAAUGCAUUACACUGAUAAUGGGCUACCACACUCAAAAAAAUAUUUCCCAGGGGGUACAUCAGUAAAAAAUAAAAAGAAUGAACUUUGGUCUGUAUGUUAAACAAAAUGUUAACACGAAGCAUUUAAAUUUCUAUUUGAUUACAUUCCAUUUUAAAUCUCAAAUGCUGAAUGAGUGUGGCACACACCAUUUGCAUGAAGG